AUGUUGGUCUUCCAUACUCUGGCCUAUCCUCCUCUCUGCUGCAAUGCUGACCAAUACGACUGUCUAGGGCCCGUCGACGCCAGUAUGAUCAAGGCCAGAAUGGGCGGCCAAGUCGUAAUAUUACUGGGCCGUAACCAAUCUGCCUUGACUGAUUUUCUUGCAUCACACAAUAUUUCGGCUGCUCAAAUUAGAGCCGACGCAGAUCGCCGGAGACAACAAGCAGUGGAGAACGGAGAGACGGAGGAGACAACAGAGGCAGGUGAAGUCGAACCGACCGAAGAAAAUGAAGUUUCAGAAACGGUAGAAGUCUCCGUCACUGCUGUUGAGGCAAGCGCUGCUGGGCGGGGAACAAGAAGUCGCAAUGCCGCAGCAGAAAAGAAAGCCAAGGCCUUGGAUAAGAUCAAAGCUAGCAAAGCAUUCAAAAAGCGCAAGAAGAACGCCGAUGAUGACGAAUACGAUGACGAGAUUGCCCAGGCAAUCUUCGAAGAGAGGAGUGCACCGCUUCCUGGGCAGAUGGAGAACUGUGAAAUCUGCGGAAAGCGCUUCACUGUGACUCCUUACUCGGUGGCAGGACCUGACGGAGGCCUUCUGUGUGCUCCCUGCGGGCGCGAGAUUGCCAAAGACCGAGAGGGACAACCCAAAAAGAAGCCUCGAAAACAGACCGGCGGUGUAGGCUCACGACGCACUCUGCAGAGCCGAAUGCUCGAUGGAGACGUGGGUACGAAAAGCUUGGCUACAUUGUGUGUGCAGACGCUGGCAAAGAAUGUUGACUUGGCAGAAAGCUUGGGUGAUUUACCUGAGCAUCUUAUCGACAAGAUUGCCAGGAUUUUCUCCAAGCGGCGUUUAUUGAAGCCGGAUACUCUUCCAUUGUUUACGCAACCUACCACCGAAGUACUGCACAUCUACGAUGGUGCAAAACUUGGUCAUCAAGAUUUCAUCAGCAUCUUUCAAGUUGCUUCGAACCUGAAGAAAUUCAAGGUGCGGUGUGCGGUCCAGUUCAAGGACGAGGUCAUGGAUUAUCUACUAUCGAGAGAUAUCCUCCUGGAGAGCUUCUAUCUUCAUGGUGCCAAUCUACUCAGCGAGGAUAAGUGGCACGAAUUCCUCGCUGCCAAGGGCAAAUCCUUGAAAGAGCUACAAGUUUACUUUACCGAUCGGCACUUCGGAGACGAAACUUUGGGACUCUUGAAAGAAUACUGCCCCAACUUGAGUCGCCUAAAGGUCUGCCACAAUCAAAAGGUCACGGAUGUAGGAGUAAUUGCAAUUGGAAACCUUCCAAGCCUUCGGCAUCUCAGUUUAGAACUCCAGCAGGACAGCUCGGCAGAAGCUCUCAGGACUUGUAUCACACAAGUCGGGAAAGAUCUCAGGACAUUGUCCUUUAAGAUUGUGCCCGAUGCCGAUGAUAGUGUUCUGGAAGCUAUUCAUAAUACUUGUCGAUCAUUGGCCAAGCUUCGUAUCACAGAAAGCGAAACGAUGACAGACAAGGGCUUCGCCAAGCUCUUUGCAGACUGGGAAAAUCCGCCUCUGGACUUCGUGGACUUGCAAAAGUGCCGGCAGCUCGAUGCCGCUCAUCCACGAGCGAACCCCGACGGUAUUGGCCUUUGCAGUGAGGGCUUCAAGGCGCUCAUGAAGCACUCUGGCCACGCCUUGAGAACCCUCAAUGUGCACGCUUGCCGACACAUCUCUCGCGAGGCGUUUGAAGAAGUCUUUGGCGGAACGAAGGAGUAUCCGGAGCUAAGAAGACUAGAGAUCAGCUUCUGCGAAGAAGUCACCGAUUUUAUCCUUGGAAGCAUAUUCCGGACUUGCCCGAAUAUCAAAGAAGUGAAUGUGUUUGGCUGCAUGAAGGUGAAGGACGUCAGAGUGCCACGCGGCGUUAUCUUGGUUGGCGUACCCAACGCCCAGGGGAUGAUAACUGAAGGCACGGACUGA